CACAGGGCUCUAGCGCUGCUCUCCCCGGCGGCUGGGCUGAGCUGAGCACGUACAGUACGGCUGGUUACAGUUAGCAGACACACGCAAUCGCUGUAUAUGCAGGCUGGCGCAUACGUUGAGCGGACACCUUACUGAAUCAGACUGCGGGGGACCCAACAUGGACCUAUUUGAGUUUGACUUCUUUAGGGACUGGGAACUAGAGCAGCAGUGUCAUUAUGAACAGGACCGCAAUGCACUGAAGAAAAAAGAAUGGGAACGCAGGACUCAGGAAGUUCAGCAAGAUGAAGAUUUGUUCUCCUCUGGGUUUAACCUAUUUGGUGAACCAUACAAGACAGAAGCGUCAAGUCAAUCCACUUUGGGGGGGAUCUACAACCCAGACCAGUUGUUAAAGACAAACAAAGGUGAUGCCUUAGCCAACCGUGUCCAGAACACAUUAGGAAACUAUGACGAAAUGAAGGAUCUCCUGACCAACCACUCAAACCAGAGCCACUUGGUGGGCAUCCCCAAAAAUUCCAUCCCACAGACUCCUGUGGAGAAAUCAGAACAGUCAAGUUUCUUCUCAGAGGGUCAGAGGAACAGGAUGGCUCCCUCACAUCAGAGUGCUACAACUUCUAUGCCACCUCCCUCUUCCACCUCUCUCUCAAGCUCUACACUGCUACAUGGCCACCAAGGCAACAAGAAGUCUCGAUCCACAGAAUGGUCUCGGGGCACCCACAGUUCAGCCACUGGACAGCCCAGCCAGGCUGGUGGCCAGCAGUGCGGUCGAGCAAAGCACAACAGUUCCUCCCAUGAGCCAUCCCAGACCAGAUAUGAGGAUUUGUUCAGUAGCCAAGGAGACCUGCAUAAAGGAGACUCAAGUCCUGCUUCUUCAUCUUCCCACUCCAGAAGACAUGUUCAUUCUUCCAAGUCUUCUACUGUUGAUCAAACUUACAAAGAAAGCAAUCACUCUAAGUCUCCUGCAGAACAAGACUUUGGCUCCCACGGUGUCAGUUCUCCACUUCCUUCUACUUCCCUCAUACCUAGUGGACUUUCCACUCCAAAUUUUCCUCCUGUUCUCCAUAGCAAGCCCAGCAUAAUCCAACAAAAACCUACUGCCUAUGUAAGGCCAAUGGAUGGCCAAGACCAGGUCCCCAAUGACUCUCCUGACCUCAAGACCCCAGCGGAGAUUGGGGAUGGCUACAAUAACCCGUCCUUUGGAGGCAUGAUAGAUGGGAAGGCCAAUGCGACCAAUGCCAAGAGCAAGCUGCCAAAACUGACUCUGCCACAGCCUGGAGAGGUUAGCCUUUCAAAUGAAUCCAGCUGUGUGGAAGAAAUUCUUCGGGAGAUGACCCAUUCCUGGCCUCCUCCCUUGACUGCCAUUCACACACCAGGCAAAGCGGAUCAGACCAAGUUUCCUAUCCCAUCCAAGGACUCCCAACAUUUAACCUCAGGAUACAAUGGACAAAAACGGUGCAAUGUUCCCAGUAACAAGCCUGCAACCAAGUCUGUGCCACAGAAGUCGAUGCUAGAGGAUGAUCUCAAACUCAGCAGUGAUGAAGAGGACAGUGAGCAGACUCCUGAAAAGGCCAAGCCCAGAAGUACACCCCCAAACCUUCCUGGGUCAACAGCAAGGACGGCUGAGCCGGGCCACUCCAGCGGCGCCUCUGGCAGCUCCAGCGAGUCGGAGAGCAGUUCUGAGUCGGACUCAGACAGUGAGAGCAGCUCUAGUGACAGUGAGUGUAAUGAGGGAUCCCGGAGUGCCACCCCUGAGCCUGAACCUCCAUCUACAAACAAAUGGCAGCUGGAUAAGUGGUUGAAUAAAGUAAACCCCCACAACAAGACACUAAUCAACACUCAACCUGAGAGUCAUGGGCUCAACAGCUCUCAGUCUGAUGACAGCCACCAGACUGAGGGCCAGGGGUCAGGCAAGGGGAAACCUAGCAUGUCACUUGUACAGCCUGAUCCAAAGGAGAGAGUUUUGCUCAGUCCUAUAAGAGAUAAAGCUAAACCCAGGACAGGACAAAAAACACCAGAAGGUAAGAUCACAAAGCUCAAAUCUCCUGCUAAUAUAGAGUUAGCACCACCCAGGAGAACAACGGGAAAAAAACAGCCCAAAAAAGUCGAGAGGCCUCCCAGUGCAGAAGAAUAUAACUGGCUGAAACCAAACAACCCAAGCUCCACACCAAAGGAGAAGGAGCCACCGCCUCUGGAACAGUCCAAAGCUAGAAACAAAGCUGGCAAUGGAAAGACUGCCCCCAGGAAAGAACCUCGAUCAAAUCCAGCAGGACCCGCACAGGACAAGAAGAAACACAGAGGGGCAACCAAAAUUAUCCCAAAAUCAAAGGAGUUCAUUGAGACUGAAUCAUCAUCUUCAGAGUGCCAUUCUGAUCCAGAAGAGUUAGUUAAAAUUCCUCCUCCUUGCCCUGGACCUAACAACAUCGGUUUACUUAAAUCCAAGGACUGCAACAGCAAUAUAUUGAGUGUCAGCAGCCUAACUAGCACCAGCAGUGCGUCUAUAGACCCUUCUAAUGGUGACUUACUAGAGGAUCACCUCUUCUCUCCCAUCCCCAUGGUUCAAAAUGUUGCUGAGCUGUUGUCUCCACUGAGGGACUUUGAGGAGAUCAAGUCUUUGUGGGUAAAAAUUGAACUUAGCUUCCUAUCUCGGAUCCCUGGGCAGGACCCCCCAGAAUCAACUCCUGUUAAGGCUGAGCCCCGGGACUCGAGUAACAAGCACAGACGGCAGUCCCCAGCUUCAGCUACUGCUGAAAAGCCCUCCAGCAAAACCAAGAGGAAACACAAGUCUGAGAAUUGUGAUGCAGUUAAUGGCAACAAGAAGUUACGGCUGGAGAAAGAAACUUUGCUGCUUCCUCCUUGUAUAUCACCAAUACAUAACCACAAACUCACCAGCACAAAAGACUCCUUGAAGAAACAACCCAGGAAGCGGGAAGAAAAACUCCUUCCUCCCCCCCUGUCUCCUCUGUCAGACGAGCCGCUACACCUGCGGAGAAACACUGAAAGCAGCUCGUUCAUCCAGGAGGGUAGCACCAGUUCAACCAGUACUUUGCCCACUCAUUCCACCUCUGCCACCUCUAACAGGCACCGCAAAGGAGAGAACAAAAUGGUCACACAUUCCAAAACUGUCAGUGAAGAAGAUGCCCACAGUAAGCCUCCAAGCGGGUUGGUUGGCAACGGACAAUCCGACCCUGACCUUUGGUCUAACCUAUCAUCAACAUCACUAGACCACCUGGAGCCAAGAAGGCCCAAGCUGACGUUUGACGAUACACUUCAAAAUGCAGACCACUAUAUGCAAGAAGCUAAGAAAUUAAAGCACAAAGCGGAUGCACUGAUGGAGAAGUUUGGCAAAGCUGUUAAUUAUGCAGAUGGUGCUCUAUCAUUCAUAGAAUGUGGGAACGCUAUGGAAAGAGAUCCGUUAGAAGCAAAAUCUCCAUACACAAUGUACUCAGAAACUGUGGAACUCAUCAGGUAUGCAAUGAGAUUAAAGAACUUCACUGGCCAAUCUGCUACAGUGGGUGAAAAGAAACUUGCUGUUUUGUGUUACAGAUGUUUGUCACUUCUGUACCUGAGAAUGUUCAAACUGAAGAAGGAUCAUGCAAUGAAGUAUUCCCGUUCCCUUAUGGAAUAUUUUAAGAACUCAGUGAAAAGUUCCCAGGCACCUUCACCAUGGGGUGCCAAUGGAAAGAGCACAGGUACACCAUCACCCAUGUCUCUGAGUCCCUCUCCGGUUGGCUCUGUCAGCAGCACCACUGGCACAGUGGGAUCCUCCUCCACUGGCAGCAUUGCCAUUCCUCAUCGCAUCCACCACAUGGCUGCCAGUCAUGUCAAUAUCACCAACAACAUCUUGCGCAGUUAUGAGCACUGGGACACGGCUGAGAAACUCUCCAGGGAGAGCCAAGAGUUUUUCCAAGAGUUGAACUCUGUGAUGGGACCACUGACCCAACACAGCACAAUGACCGAACUGGUGCGAUACGCUAGACAAGGACUGCACUGGCUCCGGAUAGAAUCCAAUUUAUUAUAGUGACUGGACUGCCACACAUUAUAUUGACACAUCUCCAUCACUACCUCUACCAGCAUACAGAUCUCGGGCGAUGGACCUUCACUUAGGCUGAAGGAUCUGGCUGUCCAUCCACUGUGUUCCUCCAGACUCCUCUACUUCAAACAAACUGGGAUCAUCAACUGAAGGUCAUUUUUAUUUAAUUCCAUUCUUUUACCUUACAGUUUUACACUUUUAAAGGCAAUGAAAUAAGAAUAUUAUUACUAAUUACUGAUUUUAAUAUAUUUUUUUGUAAAACUUUGGAAGUGCUUUAGUCCCACAUUGAAAAAGGGAGAAGUAUAAUGUAUGUCAAAGAGAAUCCUUUUGUUUCUAGCCACUGUUUGUUGUAGACUGGAUAGGAGACUGUGUUAAAAACUGAAAUACAUUUUUCCUUCAUUCUUGAAAAUAUCCUUUUCUACCAUUUUGAUUCUUUGUCCAUAAGACUCGUAACCAACGAUAUUUCUAACUAAGCGGCUUCUAAUGUUGACUUUCAUAUUUUCUUUUAAUAUCAGAUUACAUAUGGUAGAUACAUUACAUUUGUUCAUGACAGUACAGUGCUAUUGUCAUUACUAUCAUUAGCACCAAUGGUCAUAAAAGGGCCAUCUUUUUUUUCUUUCAUUUGCUUCUUAAGGCAUUCAAGAAACACACAAAAAUGGUUUGUGGGUAAUAUAAAAACAUUUUAAAAUUAUUUCCAUUCAUUGUGUGAAUCCUUUUGAGAGACCUGGGGUGAUUAAUGGCUGAAGACAGAACUCCAUUUGAUAUGUUACAUCAUAAAUUAGAUGUUUAGGGUGCCUGAUAUGUUGUUUUGCUAAACAACAUUUUGGUGGGAUUUGGUGUACUUGCUAAAUGUUAGUAAGCAUGUGAAAGCACAUUAGAUGACAUCAUCUGAUCAGACUUUUAUCACAAAAGAGUGUUUCUUUGUUUACAAAUAAAUCUGAAAGGUUAAAUAUGAAUUCAUAGUCGCCAUAACAAUUAUUAGUUGUAAUAAAUCACUGAUAUUUUAUUUAAUUAAAAGAAGCAAUGAAGAAUUGUUGUGAUAUGUUUACUUCUGUUGCAAGUUCUGUUGCAAAAAUAUCUGCACUCAUUUUCCCUUAUGUUAUCUUGUGAGUUGUGUGGUACAUAGCUCCAUACUGGGCCUUCAUAAAUAUACAGGGAACACCAGUUAUGAAAAAAUUAUAUGCUACUCAUUUGAAAGGUUGAUUUUUUUAAAUCUACAAUAAACACUCUAUGAUAGAGUGGGUAUACAUAGGUAGGUACAGUAAAUUGAAAUCAUUGAUAGCAUGAAAAAAAGUAGUUUUACUUUUAUAUUACUGUAAACAUUAAAAAAUACAACUUUAAAAAUCCACACAGAUUGACAGAAUAUUUCAAUCUUUUCUUUUAAUCCAUGGAAACAUGACUGUAUUGUACUGUUCAUUGAUACCUUGUUUACUUUCCACUUAUUUGUUAUCUGUAAUUGCUUGUUCAACUUUGCUGAAAUGUGGCCUACAUUGUACUUACUGUUCAGGUUUAAAAUGUAUUUUCUACAAACAGUACUUUUUAGAAAGAGCUUGGAGGGGAGGAAUUAUGUCAUAUCAUGUCAUUUGCCAAACCGCUUUAUACCAUACGGUGUUGCAGGAAACCAGAGCCUACCCGGCAAGCAAC